ACAUCCUUGCCCUUUUCGUCCUGCCCUACUUUCUUAUCAAUCUCUUCAAUCUGUACAAAAAUCAAAACUGAACUUCAAUCAGUACCAGCUUUGGAGUUUUCUGAAUAGAAAACUAAUACUCAGCUGUAUCAUAAUGCAGUUGUUUGCAUUUGGAAUACCAAUUUUAUGGAUUUUCCUGAUUGUCAAUGCUACAUCAGCUACACAUUCGUCAGUAUUCAACAAGGAUUCUCGUUUUGCUCGCCGCUUUAAUCGAGCAGCUUCAGCCAAGACACUAUCCGACAGUCUUCCCAACUUCAAAUCACUUGCUCGUCUCGCCAAUGGAAUCUCGUUGGAAAUUGGUUUGAUUGAUGGAUCCAUCCCCUCGGACGAUGCAAUUGCUGAGCUCCUUCACACGGGACCAGUCAAGCUUCAAGAAGUCAUCAACUUGAACACAACAGCCAUCGACACAGCAAUCACUGAGUUGGAGAAUCUUCCAUCAAAGUUCAAAACUUCUCCUGAAAUUACUGCAAUUGAACAGCGGUUAGUUGUUUUGGAAACCAUCCGGCAGGGAUCUUUCAUCAAUGACUUCAUGACUUGGAAUGGAACAUCAGAGUACACUGCUCUUUUGGAGGAAGUUCAAAAGUUGAAUACUAUCAAUUUUAAUUACAAGGGGUUAUCAAAAUAUGCACAAUCUGUAGAACUCGCUUUUUCAGAUAUUGAAGAUAAUCCCAAAGACAAUUUAAGUGAUAGUGAUAUUUUACGCUUCACAAGUUCUUUUGGGCAUUACAAAAACAAAUUUGAAAAUCUCGAGGGCUCAGUGGCCAAGUUUCUCCCGCAGUUAGAUGUUGUACAUAAUGCUAAGAAGAUAGUGGAUCAAUUAGGGUUUGUGCAGUUGCUCCGUAAAGAGCAAUCGUUCCGGGAGAAAAUAGCAAACAAAGUGAACUUUGGUCAACUAGACUUAAUGACCGCAAGCUUCAAGAGUGUUGACGAGUACGUUUUGAUCUCCAAGUCGUCUCUUCCUGUCUUCAAAACACUCCAAAAGCUGAUUAGAAGUCACACCGAGUUAGUGGAUCUUUCACUUGUUUACGCGAUUGGUUUACCCGGUGGUUCAAAUGAUUUGGAACAACUGUCACUGGUCUUUCAACAAGAUUGGAUUGCGGAUAGGAUUGGUAAUAGUUCGGUGGUCAUUAAAAAUCUGAAAACUGCCUUUCAAUAUUUUGAUACUUUAAAAAGUGCACUUGGGCUUGCUGAAAAAUGGUGGAAACCGAUGUCGGAUGAACCGAAGAAGAAAUCAUUUGGAGAAGUGACGAAUCUACAGUAUUUCUUGGCCAACUCAGUCAUGGAUUCAACUGUUCCGGUACAAGUCAUCAAUGCUAUGUUGGUGUGUGAUAAGGGAAAAACAAUGCUGGCAAACAAUCUGAAUCAUUUGGAAGCUGCUUUCAACUCGAUGAACCAGCUAAAUGAAGCAGUCAAGAAUCUACCGUCGUUCAGUUAUCUCAGCUCUCUGACAAAUAUGUCUCGAUUUAAGAACAUCCUUAGUAUCACACCUGCUUCAGCUGCUGAUGGACGAGUGGUUAUCAAAAAGAUGAUAGAAGAACCGACGUUUAACGAGACCAAAGAAUAUCUGAAGCUUCUUCAGUCAGAUCUUGCUUCUCUUUCUGGGUCGAUAGGUAGCAUUUCCAAAUUUAUUUCGACUUUUGAAAACAAUUUACCUGAAAUUGAUGAACAUUAUAGAACGGUUAACCAGAGUGAUUCGGAAUUCUUUGACUGCCUGAACAACAUCACAGAGAAGGAACCAGUUGUAUCUAAUGCUUUAGAUGUCAUUCAGAAGAUUAAAAACGUCUCGAAGUCUACAUUGGACAGUGCAAAAACAAUCAGCAAAAUAGUUUCUGAUUCUCGGCAACACUUGGAGAUUCUUCAAAAGUCGGGUCAGUCUAUGAAGAGUGCCGAUGGACGAGAAGCAUUGGCUCUGAAGACUUCAUUCACUGAUUCUCAGAACACUGUAAAAGAUUUGGCGUUGGCUGUCAGAGGAUUGACUCAAAUCAACAAAUUGAUGCAGAUUCGUGGAUCCUUAGAUGCUUUGAAAGGGGACUUCACUGAGAUACAAGAAGCAGCUGCAAAGGCCCUGAGUUCUGAGAACGUCGCGGAAAUCAAUAAGUUGAAUGGUCUAAGGGAUGCUCUGAAAAAGACACUUGAUGGAGUCAAAGCUUUUGUUACUGCAAUUGGUGGAGCUCAAGGAUCCAGAAGAAAGCGGGAUACAGUGGGUUUUGCAAGCAAUAAGAAGAUCUUUGAAGAAGCUGCCAAAUUUGUUGGACUCACUGGAUUUGACAUUCAAGCAAUGCACAAAGCAGUCGCCGCAUUGAAUCCUACCAAGUUCGGAGCAAUCGUCAGUGCUUUGGAUGCUCUUGCCAAGUUGGAUCUCGACUUUUCAAAGUACAACUUCAAAUCAGCUCCAGCAUCACUUCAAGCUUUGGAUACCUUCUUCCUCCAGUACGCAUCCAAUUCUCAACCUCUGUCAACACUGCCUCCACCACCUCCACCGAAUCCUCCACCAGCUCCUCAGCCUCCAUCAAGUGCAGCUUCUCUAACUCCAGCUCCAUCUGCUGCUCAGAAUGCUCCAUCAAUUGCUCCAUCAACAACAGAAGCUAGUGAGGAGGAAUCUUCUGGAAGUAUGCUAUGGAUUAUCAUAGGAGCUGUUGUUGUCGUUCUGAUCAUUCUUGUGAUUCUGUUGUAUUUGAAGUGCAUGAGAAAGGAACCAAAGGAGGAUCCAACUGUGAGCAUAGCAACUACCACGACAACGGGGCCAGAAAGUAAAAUUGAUGAUGAUAAGCCAAAAGUUGUUGAGCAGCCAGAACCCAAGCCUGAGCCGGAAGUUGUGGUCACAUCAGACAUGGCAUUCGCUAUGGUGGAUAAUGUCGUAAAUUCUAUCGGUGCCGAUAGAAAGCUACACAGGACUGCGGGAGAAUUUUUCCAUGAGUAUUUUGAGCAUGGAUAUGAAAUGUGUAAGAAGAAAACGGGUAAUCUAUUGGAGAAGGAUGUUUCAGAGAGAAGAAAGCAAAUGUUCAUUUGCUACCCUCAAACCAUGCCAAAACUUGUCGACUUCAACAACGAUCGUUUUAUUAAUGCGAAUCUGAUGGAAAUUGACGGCGUCAAAUGGAUUAUGACACAGGGUCCAAUGGACGGCACUGAACAUGUUCAAGAAGAGAAGAAGAAUGCGGAAAAGAGAAAGAGUGGGGAGAAGGUGUCGAAGAAGCCAAUUGUUCCGAAGAAGGAUACUCGUGAGAAGUUUUGGGGAAUGAUUGAGGAGUACAGAACGGGAGUUGUUGCUCAGUUGUGCCAGUUUAAGGAAGACGGAGAGAACAAGUGUGCCGAGUACUACUCAACAGAAGUCAAAGGUGAAAUGAAGUUUGGCAGAUACACUGUGAAAACCGUUUCUGUCGAGGAGAACUUGGACCAAUUCACUGAUAAGCAGACGGCCAAGGUGUACACAAUCGAGUUCCACAACAACAAAGUCUUAAUGAAAGUCCCAUUCCCAGUCAAGAUUCUCGCGUUCUCUGGAUGGCCUGAUCACGGAGCACCAGCGGAGCCACACACUGCUCUUGACAUUAUCAAAUACUGUGAAAGUUUCAAGACAAACGUACUGGUGCACUGCUCGGUUGGUGUUGGACGUACAGGAACACUUGUCGCUAUCAAGUAUGGUAUUCAGUUGUGCUCGAAGCAAGAGGUAUCGGAUAUGGCAUUGGUUGUGGAUCCCGUUCGUGCUUGCCGUUACGGCGCAGUUCAAACUGAGCAGCAACUGAUCUACAUGCUCCUCUGCAUCACAAAAGCCUUGAUGGAAAAAGCCGGUGUACUCUUCUGGGACAACUACAAUGCUCUUCACUAUUAUUACGACAAACUCCAGACGGACUAUUACGAGCCUUAUCUCAAAAAGGACGAGAAGGACCCGGAACUGCUUGCGGCGAAGAAGAAGAAGUUUAAGGAGGAUGGAAACAACUUGGAGGAGUAUUUGGGGGAGAAGCGCAAAGAGUUUGAUGAGAAGAAUCCGGGUUAUAGAGAGAAGCAACAGAAGGAUAAGGCACUUUGGGAUAAUGAUGUGAAUAAGGAGUACGAGGAACGUCAGAAGUUUCAGGAGCAGUUGAAAAAGAUCCAAAAAGAAAAUGCCAAAAAGCCGAAGUCGGAGGAUAGGCCGAGAAGAGGGGAUAAGAGAAGAGGUGCAGCAAAGAAGGAUGUGAAGGAAGAGGACAAGAAGAGUUUUUCUGUAAUGGUCUGAAUUUAUUGAAAUGUGAAAUAAAGUAUUUUGUGAAAGCCC